CUAGCACUCAACGCUACCUAUGGGACAUCCCUCCUAACCAUGUCUACCCUCCAAGACGACCUCGUCCUCAUAACUGGCAGCUCGCGCGGCCUCGGGCUCGCCAUCGCCCGCGCCUUCCACGCCCACGGCGCGCAAAUAGUGCUAAACUACAUUUCACCCACCUCCGCAACCCCAACCUCAACCAUCGCGCAGGAGCUCUCCGCCAUAGCAAUCCAAGCAGACGUGACCGAUCCCACAGCCGUGCGCUCCCUCUUCGCGCAAGCAGAAGCACACUACAACCGCCCCAUUUCAGUCGUCGUGAAUAAUGCCUUGGCACCAUUCUCAUUCAACGGCGACGCACGGCAGAAGAUAGAAGACAUCACGUGGUCCUCCUUCGACGCACAGCUCAAAGGCGCGGUGCAAGCAGCCCUCAACACGACACAGGCUGCGCUCCCGGGGUUUGAGACGCUGGGCCACGGCCGCAUCAUCAACAUCGGAUCCAACCUCGUCCAGCACCCCGUAGUACCCUAUCAUGACUACACCUCCGCCAAAGGCGCUUUGCUCGCUUUCACGCGGACCUGCGCAGCGGAGCUGGGGCCCAAGAAUAUAACAGUGAAUAUGGUGAGUGGGGGGCUGCUGCGGGUCACGGAUGCGAGUCGGGAGACGCCGGAGGAGGUGUUUGAAAGUGUGCAGGCGGCGACGCCGUUGCGCAGGGUUACGACGCCGGAGGAGGUGAGCGGGGCGGUCCUGUUUUUUGCGAGUGCGUGGGGGAGGGGAGUGACGGGGCAGAAUUUGGGGGUGGAUGGGGGCCUGGUUAUG